AUGAAGCACGGACUGUUCGUUUUGCUCUUCGCGGCUAUAUUCAUGCUGAUGGAAGUUGAAGGGAAUGGAUGUGGAUGUGGAUAUAACUAUGCAAACAAGGCCACCGACGGACCGGCGCCCGGAGCUAGACGAUUGGCCAGUUAUUUCAAGAAACGAUAUGGUGGUCGCACCGAAAUCUACAACAACCGACCUGUUCGCGGCGGGAAAAACCUUUCUCUACACGCCGAGGGACGAGCCGUCGACAUCUACUUGGCUGGGAAUAAUGGCAGAAGGGCUUUUGAUCACGCUGUCUCGAUUGCUUGUGCGCACGGGAUUCAGGAAGUGAUCUUUAAUCGCCGAAUCUGGACCGCCAAUGGGGGAGAGCACCACUAUUCUGGAUCCAACCCACACACCGACCAUGUUCACAUCGGUCUCAACCGAUGUGGAGCACGAAACUUUGGUGCU